AGUUCACACAGGGGAUGAUCCUGCCGACCACCAACGGUGUGGCCAAACCUCAGCCCACCUCCCAGUCCAAAGCCAAACAGGAUAAAACUCAGAUUAACUCCUCGAGCAGCACGGCUCCUCCCACCAACACAGGCGUGAAGAUCCCCACCUGUAAGGUCAGCCUGAAGGACACGUUUCUCACCUCACCUGCCGAGCUCUACAGAGUCUUCGUCACCCAGGAGAUGGUUCAGGCCUUCACCCGCAGUCCUGCCGCCGUGGACGGGGAGAGGGGGGGCAGGUUUCGCCUGCUGGACGGAAACGUUCUGGGAGAGUUCACAGAGCUGGUGCCUGAUGAGAAGAUCGUGAUGAAGUGGAGGUUUAACAACUGGCCCUGUGAGCAUUACGCGACCAUCACGCUGACGUUCUCGGACCUGCGCAACGAGACGGAGCUGAAGGUGGAGUGUCGAGGCGUCCCGGACAGCGAGGAGGAGCAGACGAGAGAAGGCUGGAAGAGAUACUACUUCCAGGCCAUUAAACAGACCUUUGGCUACGGAGCGCACAUCUUCUGAAGACGUUGUACUGUAGUACUUUUGUUUUUUUAAUCUGUUCAACUUUCACACAAGUCAUUGAGUUGUACUCUUGGUUACCUAAAAAAAAGGACAAACUGAGUGGAGCCUGUCAUUCUGUAUGUGUAAAUGUUUAAUUUCUAAAUAUAUUUAAAAAUUUUUCAUUCCCCCCUCCAUUGUUUAACUCAAAGGAGCAUAAAUGAACUGUGUCUUUGAGACAUCUGGUUUAAAAUGUGUUAAACGGGAAAAGAAUGUACUGUAUCACCAUCCACUUUUAUCAAUCGCAAGGAAACAUGAUGGUUUUAUGUAAAAAACAACAAGAAAAUAAUGCUUUGAAAUGUUUAUUUUGUACUUAUUUUACUCUUGACAUGGCGAGGAUGCUUUCAGAUGAGAUGCAUGUGACGUUUGAAGCUAAGGAAGAGGAGUUUUUGUGGAUUUUAGCCCGCGGUCCGACGACAACGUGGAGCCGGAACGACCCGGAGCGUUCCUGCUGACUCAUCAGAAAACUCUGCUGGAGCUGAACACAAUCUGCCUCGUUUGGCUUUAAAAUGUAAAUAUUCAGUAAAAUGUUCAAAUCAUGAAA